AUGAAGAAACUACGCUGUGAGGGGAUCUUCACACACAGAGAUUACGAUGUGGUCACAGACCACCCCCCCUACUACAUCAUCUACAAAAGGAGCAGUGGAGGAGUGUACCAAGGGAGUGAGCACUUCAAUGGGCUAACUAUACUUGUUAAGGGGAGGAGAGAAAAUUAUGGAAGGAGCAAGGAAAGAGUGAUGAGAGGCUUCCUGAACAAGGUGUAUCAGGUGCAUCACUAUCGGGGAGGGACGGAAACCUACAACCAGGGGGAAAGCACAACGAAGGAGAGAUACAUCACUCAGUUAAUGAAAAAUGCCAAUCCACUAUAUGUGAGUAGUGAUUCCCUUGAGAAUAUCUACCGGGGGUGCUACAGUUCCCUCAGUCACUCCGCUGAGGGAGUGAUGCUCAAGGUGGACAAGCACUGUCUAUCCCACAAUUACCUUUUACUCGAUUGGGAUGAUGAAAGCAAACUGGAACGACAUCUCCACGAAGGAAAACCAUUUGAAUACAAAGUAAAAACCAACGAUGAAAACAGCGAAGAGGAUCCAUCACACAAGGACGGAAAAAAUAUUUGGGGACUUGUGUACCUAUCUAGAGUAGACCUAUUAGAGACCAACUUUGAGGACCACAUGAGAAAACUCUACCAUGAUAGACUGAGGAUGAAAGACAAGCGACUGUCUGUUUUUCUUUCCUUCCUUUUUCAUCGCAGAGUGGUGCGUAAUUUGUGCGUUAAAAGUAUGAUAGAGAUGCAUAUAGAGAAGGAGGUAUCCUCAGGGGAAAGAAAUAGGCAAAAGGAUACUUUGAAAAAAGAAAGGGGAUUCACCAAAGAGGUAUUCACUAUCUCGUUCGACAUGCAUGCAAGGAAUAACAACUGCGUUGAUCACUUGUCGUUCCUUCUGGAUAAGUUCCACUGUGAGGAAGUUAAAGGUGGAACGUUUUUUACAAAUUCCUUUUUGAAUAAGAUGAUGUAUGCUUAUUCAAGGCAGUUGAAGGAGGAAGUGCGUUAUCACAAUGAUACCUUAGUGGAGGGACUUAAGAGGGGAGUGUUUCUGUUGUCCUACUUAUUUUCUCAGAUGGGGAAAGGAGACAGGCUAGUGAGUAGUAGGACAUCUUACAAAAAAGCAAGACGAAGUUACACCACUGGGGUAGAGGACAGGGUUGUGUACAUGCCCACCCUGUUUCGGGACCACCUGUACUUCCCAAGUGAUUAUGUUAUGUAUAUGGAGAGCAUCAACCAGCUGGUAUACCAGAGGACCAUCUCUAAUCUCACCGUCCAGAAACAGUUCAGGGGGGAAGGCAUGAAGCGCGACUACAGGACGACUGUGCAGGUGGACUGUGAUGAAGCUAUUUGCGGUUCGUCCCGUCUGCGAAAGUGCAGCGCCAUCGUACUGGAUAUGCACCCAAAUGGCAUUUUUCUGGACAAAGAGAGACUAGGAAACUCCAAUCUGACUGCAUCCUUUGCAGACAUAGAAAGUUACAAGAGUGUAUCCCCCCACGUUGUGACGAAGUAUCUAUUGAACCUAUCACAGAGGAGACCCUCGUCUGAUGGGUUCACACUGGAUGAGUUAGCUUCGGAAACUCUUUCGCCUGAGAGAGAAGGGGGAGAAGGCGAAUACCUGAGGGAGGCAUCUAUCGGGGAUUUACCACAUGUGGUACCUCUCCCCAUCAGGGAGGAAGAUACAACGAAGGGGUCGUGCCAGCAACCCUGCGCCGACUUCUCCUUCGAUGUACAAAUAUGUAGCAGGUACUUUGCCCCAUGUGAACAAGGAAAAGAGUUAAAAAGAAGCACCGGAAAGGAGGGAGUUCACCUCUCCGGGGGAGGGACUUCACACACCUAUUAUGGGGAUGACAUCUGCGCAGAUUACAACGCCAUGAUGUUAUCUAACGCAAAGGUGUUCCUAAACUGUGAAGGAGAUCGGAAGGAGAGUGUCACUACAAAUGAGCAUAGACGGAAUGCCACUCUGUACGCAGAUGCUACACACGUUUAUUUUCACGGGGGGGAAGAUAUGCUAAGUGUCCACACGAGAGACUUUUUUUUCUUUCUGAGUGAGGUGUCCUUCGUGCAGGUGUUAUCUUCCCCCAGGGUGAAUCAUAGGCAUGGGAAGAAUGUACAAGGGGGUGAUGCACAAUGGGGAGCAAACGGGCAAAGUGAAUACAGUGACAAAAGAGAGGAGAUCGCCGAGAUACUCACCACGCAUUUCCUAUCUGCCUACUCCUUCGCCAGGACAAUAAACAUGGAGAAAAUUUCGAACAAAAGGAUAAUUUACAAUGAGAUCCUCGGAGGGGACCCCCCCUGGCAUCAUGUGGUCGCGACGAAUGAUGUAGAGAUGUUGAGAUGGUCUCCCUCCAAUGGGGAUGCCACCGAUAGUAGGGCAGAUUACUACGUCGACCUGGUUUACGUUUACUCAGUGCCACGCGGGGCCCACAGCUACUUGUACGUGUUGUGCGUGUCGGUGUUCACAUCGGUUCUACUGGUUUUUUGCACGUUUGUCCUCGCGCGCAGGUUCAGCCGGUGA